AUGAAAUUCCAAUUUUGUGGAGGAUUAAAUGUUCCAGAUUGGCUUUUAAAAGAAAUUGGAACAGUUCAACGUCUAAGUAAUGAAGAAGUUAAUGAAAUUAGCAUAGAAAUAAUUAAUAAUAUAAUAAAGAAAGAAGGAUUUAAGCAAGAAGAAAUAACUGAAAUUUGUGAAAGACGUCAAUUGAGCGAGUCAGAUUUAAGAGGGAUUAUUACCGCAAUCAGAUUUGUAAUAUGUUCGUCAGCACAAUACGAUAUUAGUAGUGAAGUAUUAUUAGAAGAAGAGCUUGAAAUUGGAAUGGAUAUAGAAAUUGCAGAAAGCAUAUCAAAAAUAUAUGGAGAAUAUAAAGAAAGUUUACAAGGGAUAUUAACACAAAAGACACUUAAAUUACCACAGAUUCAAAAUAAAGAAGGGAUUCAAUACAACAUCAUAAGAAAAGAUGAAAUUACUAAUGAAAGUAUUAAACCAUAUGUUAUUAUUCAUAUUAAUACACAAACAAGUUCAUUUGAUUUAGUUCUUCAAGAAGAUCAAAUAGAAACAAUGAUAAUAUCAAUAAAAACAGCAAUACAAAUAAUGAAAAAAGGAAUAAAUUAA